UAACUGACGUUUGAAAUCGCGAAAAGCGUGACUCAUCCACUAAAUGCAACCAGCGCUUGCAGAUCUACGCGGUGUACUGAUGUUUCAGUACUGUAUACAAUACCUCGAGUGUCGUUAUAUGACGCAACGGGAUGCUCAUUGCAAUAUUAAAUGCAAUACCUUCGAUAUAAAACACACGGCUGUCCAACGAAGGAGCUCCAGUAGUCAAUGGCCUGUGAUUUUCGACACUGCAGGUGGUGUACGGUCUAAUUCGACGAGACAUAACGACGAUGGAUAGAAGGAAACUGAACACGAUUCACUUCAAGGAAGAUUUGCUGCACUGGUGUGCGGCCAACGAUUGGCCGAAAGAAGUGCACAAGCGUCUGCAGAAUGGAGAUAAUCCUUAUCGUCCCAACAAGGAUGGACUGUCGCCCAUGCAUGCGGCAAUUGCGCACAACGCAACCUCAGUAGUGAAAAUAUUACUAGAACGAUACGAAUCGGAUGUAGCGAUCGUGAAAGAUCACAUGCAGAACAGAUUCCUGUGGAAAGCGGAAAAUAAUUGCUGGAAUAAACGACCCAUCCUGAUCGCCUGUACGCAGGAAGAACGAGACCAAGUGCAUCUGUUAGCCAGCUCCUGUCCAUCGGGGAUCCCGUUCAAUGUACAAGUGUUUGUACUAUUUCAAACGCCCUACAACGGAACACAAUUAGUUGCGCUCGAUGUGAAUGGUUCUGCGGAAAAACAAUUUGCUGUACUGGAGUGCAUCAACAAGCUUCUACCAAACGGCGUGCUGUCACUCGACCGAACGGAUUUACGAAAAGAUUGCUUCACCUACCUGCAGACCGCUUGUCUGCACAGUCGUCAAGCGCUAAUUCCAUUGCUAAUAGCACACGGGUCACAACUUUCCGCUACAGGUGAUCGUGAAACUAUCCCUUUAAUGACAGCCUGCCGUACUGUGAAACUACCCAUCGUCGAACAGCUGUUAACAAAAUACGUAAACCGUUACGAUCCCACCGUGUUGGACAGUCAGCAGCGUAAUGUGUUUCACAUCUGCUUAGAAUUGAAUAACCAUAAAUUGAUAGAUUAUGUGCUGAAAUCGUUGAUCAAGUACCGGCAAGCACAGUUUGGUGAAACGGAAUCGGAAGCGUUCAAUCGGAUUUUCCCCUACAAAUGUGAGGAAUACAGUUACAUGACCACGUGGUCACUUAUUCGGCCAAAUGCAAAGGAGUUGUGUUCCAAGUAUGUGGUCGACUAUCGACUAGAUCUGUCGUACAGCGAUGGUGACUUUCUGCACGUAAUGGAAUUGCUCCAGAAGAAGGUAGCACUUGAGUACUGUUUCGAGGAAAUUCGUCGUAAUCCGGCUAUUUUAAAGCUGAACAAGAAACAAGAUCACGAACAAAAUGUACUGCACCAGCUUUAUCGAUAUGAUCAUCUCGAUUUUGUUAAGGAGAUGUAUGAGCAGCAUCCCGAAGUAAAGCCUUGGUUUGAAACCAAAGAGGCUUUUGUGAUUCUUCGAAUUACCUUAACCCAUAGGGACAUCCAGAAGCUAAAACUUAUCCUAGAGCAUCAUACAGCUUACCUUAGCUCUAAUCCCGCCGAACUGGAAGAAUUUGCUAUUGGCCAAACUUGGUUCGAUAGGGCGGUGUACAGGGAACCGUUUGCUUUACUCGCAGCAGCAUUUCCGGAAAAGCAGGAUGUGAUGAAGGAAACCAUGUCGCGCGCAGCUGAACUACAGCGAUCCCAAUCUUUCACGGACAGAUUUAAUGCGUUGAAAAAAGCAUUCAACCUAGCACUAGAAUCGCUUAAAGAAGAUCACAUACUGUUACCGAGCUUGUUGGAUGACCGCAAAAGGAAUGUUCUUCAUCAAGCGAUAGAAUGGGAUGAAAUAGAGAUGAUCAAGAAUUUACUCGCGUGUGGAAUAGACUUGAACCAGCGAGACGGCGAAGGAAAUUUGCCAAUCUUUUUCGUCCGCAGUAUUGCUGCGUUUGAUAUACUGUACGAAAAGAUGUCCGUUGAUUUGAAGACCACCAAUGAUAAAGGAUACAACCUUCUCCAUCACUGUAGCCGAGUGGGAAGUCACAAUGGAGAAGCGAUACUAACGAAGCUUUUGCAGCUAGGUUUCGAUAUAAAUCAGCGCUCACUAGAUGGUAAUGUGCCUUUAUCGAUUGCCACUUGCUGUUCUUCCGUCCGGUUUUUGCUCUCCAACGGUGCAAAUGUUGAGCUCGUUAAUGGAGAAGCUUUAGUGAAGACACUUAGCGGCAAGCUGUACUGUGCGGCAUGGGCACUGUUACUAAAAAUUGCACACCUAUCUUGGUUCAAAGAAAUUGCCCACGCUUUCCUGCCCUGGAUGCUUGGGAACCAAAAUCGCGAUUUUUUCUCCUGUAGCAGCGGACACUAUUUGGAAGAGUAUCCGGAUAUAAGAAAAACACUGUUUGAUAGUCUAUAUCGUCAUUCGCAGCACGAAGCUGCCGCCUUUUUCCUAAAAGUAUGCCAUCGUUCGAUCAAUUGCUGCGCAAGAUGGUUCCUGGAUUAUGGAUAUGAAAUUGACCUGGAGGUGAGAGAUGAUUAUGGCUAUACUCCACUCUUAGGAUUGCUCAGUUACAUGGAGGAACCAAAUCUGGACGUUAUAGAGCGAUUGCUGCAGAAAGGUGCUAAUGUGAAUGCUAGAGACGAUCGAGGACGCAACUCGUUGCUUACGCUCGUGUUCAACUUUAGAUCGGCACAAUGGAAUGGUCACACGCUAAAGAGCAUCGAACUAUUGCUCGACCAUGGGGCAGAAAUUAAUGUUCAGGAUGAGGAUGGAAAUUCAGCAUUGCAUCUAGCAUUUGCUGAUAUGCAUCUAGACAUGGCACAGCUGCUAUUGUCACGAGGAGCCAAUAGGAAACUUAAAAACAAAGCGAACAAACUACCACAUCAGAUGAUGGUUAAAAAUAUGCAAGCUUUGUUAGCUUUCUUAGGCUAG